AUGUUUUUGAAAAGAAAGGAAUUGUCAGAAGAUUUAGAUUUUGAAAUCACCAAAAAGCCAAAAACUAUUAUAGGUUUCUUUAUAAAUAAUCAAAAGAAAAUCAAAAAUGAUAUUAAAAAUCUUGUAAAUCAAAAUUCUAAAUUAUUGGAGCUUGCAUUAAAAACCAACCAAGAAAUAAAAGAUAAUAUAAAGAAAAUACAACAAGAAAAAGAUAGUGGAUGGUGGAAGUCAACAGACCAAGUAAGAUGUGUUCAUGGUUCUAUGUGUUCUAGAAUUAAAGAAUCAAUUUAUAAGGUUUUUACAAACAUAGAAAAAGUUGACACAUCCACUCCAAUAUCUGUAAUAAAUAAUUGGAAGGAAUCAGAAGAUGUUAAAGAAUGUUUGAACAAUCUUGAUAGCCUUAAUCCUAAUGAUGAUGAAAGCCACUCAAACAUUGAAAUUAUUAAUCUACUUGUGUGGAAAAGAUCAAAUGUGACCAAUAGACAAAUGGCCUUUACUAGAGCUGUUUGCCAUUGUAUUCUAAAUUCAGAACAUGAAGGUGUUAAGAUUGAUCAAACAUAUAUUCUUGAUAGAAUGCAAGAUUUUCUUCCUUUAGAGCAAGGAAAUAAAUAUUCACCAACAUGGCCAUUUAGAAUGGUUGUGGCUGGAAGUUCUGAUUCGGGAAAAACUACAAUGCUUUUGAACCUUCUUAUAGGCACUAAAAUGGUGGAUAAAGAGAAUGGAUCCAGAUAUAUUCUCUGCAAUGAUGUAAUUUUAAUCGAAACUGAAGAUGUAUCAUUCAAAGCAUUACCUCCUUCUGAGAUUCCUGAUACAGAUGAAUUCAAUCCUGAAUGA